UUAAUAUUUAUCGUUUUUUAUAUUUUGUUUAUGAUUGUGAGGGUGUUAAUUGGUGUUUAUGUAUUGAUAUCAAGAAAAUUAUUUUUAUAUCUGAAUUUGUGAAAAUAGAUUUGUUUUUUGUUCACGAAGUAAAACAGAAACCCGUCCCAAAUGUUAGAUUUUAAUUCAGUUUUUGUUUUGGCAGAAACAUUGGCGACUGAGGUCAAUAACAUCAAUAGCGAUAAGGAGACAAUAGAUUUAUUUGUAAUAUAUGGAUGUUUUGGGGUUGUAUUGUUUUAUGGAGUUUCCAGAUAUUUAGAUGCCAAACCAGAAACUAUCAGGACUAUAAAUAACAACUAUUAUUAUUACUAUUAAUUAAUUUUAGAAAAUGGCUGCUCCACCUCAUCAUUUUAUGCAAAAUUUGAGUAAUCCUCCUCAAUCAGGGAUGAGAAAUGCAUUUGGUCCUGGCCCUAUGCAAACUCAAAUGGCACCUGGGGGGAUGCAAAACGCCAUGCCAAACCAAAUGCCAGUACAGAUGUCUAAUCCGAUGGGAAGUCCUAUGGUACCUCAAAUGUCCAAUGCAAUAAAUGGUGCAAUGAACACACAGAUGAAUCCAAACAUGAAUGGAGGGUCUCCUAUGUUAAGUCAGAUGAAUCAGCACUUCACUAUGAGCAGUCCAAUGAAUAAUUCAAUGAAUGGCGGUCAGAUGACACCUCACCAGGGCCCCACACAAAUGCCAAUGCAGCAGAGACCGAUGGAAUUCGCUCCAGCUUUGAACCAUCACGAAAUGCCUCAACAGACUCCUGGUGUAGCACCAACUCCUCCUUCAGUUCCUGUACAGCAACAACAACAGCAAGCAAAGGAAUUUAACACAGCAUCAUUGUGUCGCCUUGGUCAAGAGACUGUUCAAGAUAUUGUCAGUAGAACUCAGGAGGUGUUUCAAACAUUGAAAUCCAUUCAGCCACCAAAUGGGAUACCGCAGUCUUUGAAUGCCAGUAAUGAAAAAAAGGCCAAAGUGCAGGAACUCUUGAGAACCAUAAGGGUUCUCUUUAAAAGGUUACGGUUGAUUUAUGAAAAAUGCAAUGAAAACUGUCAAAUCCAGGGGAUGGAAUAUACACACAUAGAAAGUUUGAUACCUUUCAAAGACGAAAUAGAUCCUAAACACGAUGAAAAGAAAAAUUCUGAAGCUUAUCGAUUAGCAUGUGAAGAAAGUAAGGAGGUUAUGGAGCAAGUUGUAUUAAAAAAUAAACAACUGAAAGAGGUGAUUGAUCAUUUAAGGAGAAUUAUUUGGGAGAUAAAUACAAUGUUGACUAUGAAAAAAUCCUAGCAGUUAUUUUAGGUGUCGAUUGCACCCAAUUGAUAUCUGUAUGUAUAUAAUUAAAUCAAGAUUUAUAGAAAUAAUAUUUGGUGUGUAGAUAUUUUAAAUGUUUUUAUCAUUAAUUAAGGAGCACUUUUAAUUAUGUAAAUUAGUUUUUAUGCUUUAUAUAAAAGUACAAUAUCUUUUUUGUAUCACGUUCUUGUCUUUAAUUGAUAUUUAAUUGUAUUUUACAGAAUUAUUGUAUGUAAUUGUCAGGGCUGUCGAGAAAUUUCCGGGCCUAUAAAAUCAUAAUAAAACAUUGAUUUAAAAAACAUAUGUUAUAAAUAGAUGUACUCUUACACUUAGACAGUCGGGCCUUUUUAAUCUUGGACCUGUAAGAAAA